CGCCCCCGCCUCCUAGAAGCGCUCGGGAGGCCCGCACCUCCCGGGACAGGUGUCCUCAGCCCGCCGCAGCCAUGGCGCAGGGUGUGGAGGGCAGCGACCCCAUCGGAUCCAUCCUAAUCCAGGUCCAUGAGGACCUUCAUCAAUUAAAGGAGAAAUUAACAAAAUUCUCAAGUGAGGAGACAAAAGACCCCCUAGACAUUCAAAAUCUUGAGACAGCAAUCCAAAGGACCGAAACAGGAUUAAAAAUUCACAUUGAGAAGUAUCUAGAUAUUGUAAACCACCAGGUGUUAAUGGCUCCUGUGGACAAAAGCUUACAGUCUCCUCUGACUUCCAAAUGGAUGAUUCCAACUGUAGUUGACCAGAAAGCCUUUAUUUUCCCCUUGGAGUCUGAGGAUAAACUGUGGCAACCUCAAAAGCAGCCUGGUUCACUUUCACAUGGCCUUACAAAAGCAAAGCCAAAGAUAGAGUUGAAUGUAAAGAUCCUGCAGGAUCCAGAGAACAUGCACCACAGAGCUGCUGUAAAUGCCAACUAUGGGAUCAGUUUGCCAUAUAUCAACAGGAGAAAAGCACAGGAGAGGGUUCAGCGGUUAAUAAAAGGGUCGACGAUAUCCAACCUCACGGUUCUGCCAUCUGCUCAUCGCACUGAUCCCCAUUUUAUUCCCAUUCCCAUCUUGCAUAAGGAUGCCAGUAAAGGAAUCUUAAGUAUGAUAGAACGAGGGCUGAUUCCCCCAACAGCAAAGAUUACCUUAAAGAAUCCACCCAUUAAACCCCACGCAAUUCCUCUGCAUAAUUUUGAUGAGCCUCGUAAGAUUCCAUCAGAAGCCCCCUUUGCUGUAGUUCAGAAGCCACACCAGGUUCCAGCAGAAGUGGCGGAGUCUCACAAGAAACCAAAGACAAAGGGGAAAGGCAAAAAGUCAAGAGGAGUCCACUCCAGGAAGGCCCUGAUCGUUACUACACCAUCUAAGACUUUGAAAUCACCGUGGGAUUAUGACUUUGUUAUUUAUGAUGGCACCAUAGAUAAGGCAGCCCCAGACUUCUUAGCAUUCAAGGCACAUUAUAGCUUAGCCUGGGGAAGUAUUGUUUCUCUCCUGGAACAAAUCGAGAAGUUUCUCAAGGACUAUGCAAUAUCAGAAGCCAAAGUAAAAGGGAAGAGUUUGAUGUCCCUGCUUCCAGAAUUUGAGCUGAAGAAUAAACUUACCAGAAGUGAUGUUCUGUUAGUGUUAGAGAACCCAGGUCACAUCCAAAUGCUGAUAAACCUUCCGGGACAGAGGUACAAGGGCCAAGAUGGGAAGACGGAGGCUGCCAUCAAGAUCCAAGCCACAUGGAAAUGUUUUAAGGCGAGAAAAUUCUUCAUUGGUUAUCGCCAGAAGAAGUGGGCCUCAGGUGUGAUCGCCCUCGCGUGGCUUUUACAUUGCCACAAGUCAAGACUAAAGAAGAUACUGAAGGAAUCUCGCCAGAGACACCUGGAGAAUUUCCGAAUUCGAGCCAAGCAUCUGGCAGCCAACUGGAGUCGCAUCAGGACCUCCAGGAGGACUAUUAUCCAUAUCCCAUCAUUAGGAUAUGACCAGUCUGUGCGAGAACGCAUUUCUGAUUUGGACAUACAGCAGAACAUGCAGCUGGGGAGGAUGUGUGACAUCCUAGAUGCCAAUGUCAAUGUCAUCUACAUCUGCUCUCAUCCCAUGAAUGAUGAGUUAAAGCUGUACUACAAAAAACUCUUGAGUCUACAAGCAGCUGUCGUCUCGGGGAACUAUGAGGAUAGGAGUGACCUGCAGAACAGGUUCAGAAUUAUCACCCCUGAAGCUGUAAACAUCUUCACUAAGCAUCACAUGUCCCUGGCCACUCACCUGAUGUACAGUCCCAAGGCAAUCAAAAGAAUAAAAAAUCUCAUCCAAGGAAAAGACGCCUACAUCGUGGGCGGGCUCCUCCACAGAGACGAUUUGGCUGUAGCUGAUAUGUUGAAUGUACCCAUCCUGGGCUCAGAGCCUGAGCUGGUUCACCUUUACAGUGCCAAGUCCGGAAGUAAACGGCUCUUUGACAGUGCUAAUGUGCCAGUGCCUCCUGGAAUAUCCGACAUCUAUACUUACCAACAGAUGAUAGAACAGUUGGGCCAGUUGGUGACUGACCACCUGCAAGUCCGACGCUGGGUCUUUAAAAUGAACAUGGAAUUUGGAGGAAACGGGACAGCAUUUUGUGACAUCCCUUCCCACCUAGAUUGCUACAAGUGGGCGCUAAAGGAGAGUAAAAGAUACGGCCAUGAAGACUGGAAGAAGAAGUGGGCACAAGAGCCAGCUCUGGUGAAGAUCUCCAAGGAGCUGGCGGGCAUUUUAGCACAGCACGUACAGCUAGUCAAUGAGAAACAGUUCCCGACGUGGAGGAAAUUCCUCCAAACGUUUCUCUCUCAAGGUGGCGUGAUUGAAGCAUACCCACCUGCAGACAGUGUCACCAACCUCACCGUAGACAUGUUGAUCGAGCCUGAUGGAGAAGUCAGAGUACUGUCAACGGGGGACCAGUUUCAUUCUGAAGGCCCCUUUAUUUCUUCUGGUACCACCAUGCCUCAGACCUCAGUGGAUCCCCAAGUUCUCAGUUCUUUAUGUCUCCAAAUUGGAAAUGCCUGCAAAAAGAAAGAUGUGAUUGGUUACUUUUCUAUAGAUCUGGUGACUUUCAUUGAUCCAGAUACCUUAGAGCAGCAGGUAUGGACAACAGGCCUCACCCUCUCAUACAGUGACCAGCUAGCCAUGACUCAGCUCACCCUGUACUUGACAAAUGGCCAUCUGAACUGUGGUCUGAGCACCUUGGAAGUGCCCCGCUUUGAUCAAGAUACAGAAAGGAAGAAAAAGCGCCUUAGCAUCCAGGCAGAGCUGUCACCGGAAACCAGUCGCUUUGCAGUGAUGACUACCCAGCUGAAGCACGACAAUCUCUCCCUAGUCUUCUAUUACGUUUUUCUCCAGAUGUGUAAGGCCCAUGGCAUUGGCUAUGACCUUGAGGACAGACAAGGAACUGUUUUUAUAUUAUAUGAACCUCUGAAGAGAUACAAAUUGGGCAUGUUAACAAUCGGUGUGGAUCUCCAGGGGGUCCUCACGACCUUUGCUCGCAAUCUCUUCAUCAUCCAUCAAGAAAUAUCAGCACCUAAUAUGCAAGGCGAGACCAAUUUUAAGAGUACCAUUGAUGAUAUUGAAGGCAUUUUAGGAGUAACAGAAGAAAAUAAAAUGAGUUUUGAAGGAGAAAAAGAGUCCAAAGACAAGGAGGAAGACCUGUAUGAGCCUGUUGAGAUAUACAAAGACGCAUUAUGACUGGAUCCUUGUCUAGAGAAAGGACAAUAUUUCCUUUGCUAUUAGUAUAAAAGUGGAGAAGUUAGUUUCCUUUGUUUGCCAAGAGGUAAAUCAGAACAAAAUGUAAUGUAAUAGUCUUUAAAAUCUUGUUUAUUAUGUGAUGUUACUUUACUCAUUAAACAAACCUUCUGGUGUUUUCACUUGUGAA